CAAAAUGGUCAGGAUGAGAGCAUCCGACGGACACUGACAAAGUGAAAAACCUAACUAGAAAUAGGUGGGCGCCCCGCCCCCACGUCGAGGUCGGCAAGCUCCCGAGAGGGAUCGCGAUUCGCGAGUCAUCAUCCACGCGUCGUCGUCGUACUCUACUCUUGGGGAGCAAGAAGAGGAAGAAGAAGACGUUCUUGGGGAGCAAGAAGAAGAUGGCUACAAGAACGGCCGUGGCGAGGGUGGUGGCGCCUCAUCAACCCGCGUGGGCGGCGGCAGUUUUGGCGAGGAGGAUGGAGGGAGGCCGGCGCGUGGCGCGCUACUUCAGCGACGGCACCGGCAGGGUGCUCAGCGAGGAGGAGCGCGCCGCCGAGAGCGUCUACAUACAGAAGAUGGAGAGGGAGAAGCUGGAGAAGGAGAGGAGGAAGGCGGACAAGGACAAGGCCGAUGCAGCGAAGAGGGCGGCCGCCGCCAAAGGGGAUAAGAAGGGCGGGGAAGCUCGCCCAACCUGAUCCGCUGGGUGACAGUGAAACUGAUGAUCAAUCACACGAUCCGGUGCUGGUGUUCUGUUUGAAUGCUUCUGAUAUGUUGAUUCGCAGAUACUAGUAGCUAAGUACUCUUUUAAAGUUUUUUUCUGUACAGUGGGAAAGGAGUCAAGAAAUAAAUAACAGCAUGCCCCUGGGGUGUGUUUAUUUUACUGAUGUGAAUUAGUAGGAGCUACUCUGUAAAAGGGAAAUGUACCUGCUUGUGUUGUGACGCAUCAUAUAUGCCAGUGUAAAUUCCAGAUGUCUUUUUCGAACUUGUGUGAAUGUUCAGUUGAAACUACAUAAAUAAUGGUGGAUAAUGAGAGAUUGCUCUGAGUGCUAA